CUGGGGGCCAUUGCCCUCCCCUGCCUCCUGCGCCGCAGCCUCCUGGGGUCCCAGCAGGUCCCGGCCCACGAGCUCUCCAUCCAUAGGCUGGACCGGACAGCGCUCGCCCAGCACCGGGCCUUCCUCACUGUGUGCCAGGCUUCCGGCUUCCCUCUCUACAAGGCCCCGGAGCACCUCCUGCCCCACAUGGCUGAGCUGAAGAAGGAGCUGCUGGCCCUGCGUGCCCAGCUGGGCUACAAGAACCGGGCGCUGGCCAGCCUGCAGCAGCGCCAGGGCUCCCCGGGGACCGACGCGCAAGCCCUGGUGCAGGCCCUGCGGGACCACGACCGGGAGCAGGCCGGAGCCCUGGGGCCGCGGAUACAGCUGGUGACGGAGCAGUGCAGGCAACGCAUCGAGCGCUGGCCCGAGGUGCAGGCCACCAUCGACGCCUGGUGGGAGCAGCCGGGGCAGUUUGUCCUGCCUGCAGAGCACCGCCUGGGCCUCACCUUACAGCAGUGGCUGGAGCGCUGGACCCUGGCCCUGAAGACCCUCCAGCAGCAGCAGCAGCAAAGCUGGGUCUGAUAGCCCCCUCCUGCCUGGGAGGGUCUGGGGAGCCCCGCCCCCAAAGGGGUGCAGUUGUAGGUAGCCAUACCCCUGUUAGGGAA